UACAGGAUCUUCCCCGUGUAAUGGAAGAAGAAACUGAGGCUAAGGGAAGCACUGGGACUUGUCCAAGCUCUGGCAAACAGUAGGUGGCAGAGCCAGGAUCCUAGAGACUCGUCCUUGGUUACUAGUCGUCCUCACCGUCAGCGCCACAGAUGGGGAAACUGAGGUCUGGGGCAUCCUCCCAAGAGAGCCCUGGCGACAAGCCAGCUCUUCCUCCCCUUAGGUCGGAGGAGCCUCAGCUGUGCCGCAGGCGGAGGGAGAAAAAGCGGAAGCCAACGCUCGAUAAGCUUCGAGAGCAGGCGGGAAACCCUGCAAUUCGCAACAGAAAGCCGGUUCCCUGCGAGCCGAAACACCAUGGCAACGGAGCGGGCACGAGGACAGGAAGUGCAUCACUCGAGGGCGGGCCACAUCUGCUGGAGUCCGCCAAUGGUAACGUCAUAUUUGCGUUCGCCCCGCCCCGAAAAAACGAGUCAGUCUUGGACCGUAGCCGCCAGCACAGUCCGGUUGUUCUUGAGCGCCGGGUUCCUUCAGAUAUGCAGAGCAGCAGUACCAGGAAAAUGGGCAUCAUGACUGAUGUCCAUAGGCGAUUCCUCCAGCUGCUGAUGACUCAUGGUGUGCUGGAGGAAUGGGAGAUCAAGCGCUUGCAGAAGCACUGCUACAGGGUCCAUGACCGCAAUGCUACCGUGGAGAAGUUGGAGGACUUCAUCAACAACAUCAACAGCGUCUUGGAGUCCUUGUAUAUUGAGAUAAAGAAAGGGUUCACAGAAGAUGACGGGAGACCCAUUUAUGCGCUGGUGAAUCUUGCCACAACUUCAAUUUCCAAAAUGGCCACUGAUUUUGCAGAGAAUGAACUGGAUCUUUUUAGGAAAGCUUUAGAACUGAUAAUUGAUUCAGAAACUGGCUUUGCAUCUUCCACAAACAUUUUGAACCUGGUUGAUCAACUUAAAGGCAAGAAGAUGAGGAAGAAGGAAGCUGAGCAAGUGCUGCAGAAGUUUGUGCAGAACAAAUGGCUGAUUGAGAAGGAAGGGGAGUUUACCCUGCACACCCGGGCCAUCCUGGAGAUGGAGCAGUACAUCCGGGAGACAUACCCUGAUGCCGUGAAGAUCUGCAACAUCUGCCACAGCCUCCUCAUCCAGUCCUUCUUGUUUCAGGGUCAGAGCUGUGAAACCUGCGGGAUCAAGAUGCACCUGCCUUGUGUGGCCAAGUAUUUCCAGUCAAAUUCUGAGCCGCGCUGCCCUCACUGCAAUGACUACUGGCCCCAUGACAUACCAGGUGUGUGGUCCCUGUGGGCUAAUAGGAGGGGCAGAGCUCAUCACCUGGAUGUGGGGAAGCCCUGGGAGACAGGGAGUACAGUGAAAGGCUCCUCGAAUGCAGGGGUCUCUCAGCAGCCCAGUCCCACUGAAAGAAGUGUAAAGGCUGACUUGCACCAUUCCUAGGGGCUCUUUAAAACACAGUAGAAAUUCUAACUCAAAUGAGCAUUGUCUGGUAGCCAUCUCCAGAGGGGGUGUCUGAAAGCAUUGUCUACAGGUACCUCAGCUUGUUCUUCUGUGAAUCGGAGUUAAUUCUAUCUUCCUCGCCGGCUGGGGAGGAGGGUAGCAGUGAAAAGCAUUAUGGACGUAGGACCAUAAGCAGAGUUUUGGGCACAGGAGACAUAGCUGUCGACUUGAGCUGUGUCCCUGUGCCACCAGCACCUGGUAUUCACUGUGUCUUCCUUGCCUUUUCUGUAUACAGAAGUCUUCAACCCUGAGAAGGAGAGGGAAGCUGGUACCUCCAAAUCGAGCAAGAAGUCCUUGCGGUCCAGGCAUCAUUAGCCGCUAUGUGCCUGGGACAGCCUGACCACUCAGCCCUGCCUGGGAGAGGGCAUCAAUAUUUCACAGUUUACACAGAAUUACCUCCCUUGUUCUUUGUAUUUGUUAUUAACAGCUUAGGAAUAAAAGCGUUAUAAGUUG